CACCUGAAAUUCUCAAACGGGGAGCGGAAAAGAAAGGGGAACUGGGGAAGCCCGACCGCCGGCUGCAAAACACACGUCGACAGCCGACCGGGCGUUGAAUUGGUUCUCUGGUCUUUCGUUUUAUCUGAAGGGUGGUUCCGUCUUCUAUACAAAGCUCUCGUCGACGGCGGCCGUAAAACAGGUACAAUGCCAAAAAAUAGAGCAGCUUCUACUAAUAAGAAGCAGCAAAAGCGCGGUGUCGACUUCAAGAGCGUGGCAUCUGAUAAAGUGGGUUUGGCUGUCAGCAAGAAAGGUUUGACCUUGAAAGAGCUCCUUCAACAAACAUCCCAUCACAAUGCCAGAGUUCGUAAAGAUGCAUUAAUGGGAAUGAGAGAUUUGUUCCUUAAGUACCCGGAGGAACUGAGGUCACACAGGUAUGCUGUGAUAGAAAAGUUGCGUGAACGCAUCAGUGAUGAUGAUAAAAUGGUCCGAGAAAACCUCUAUCUUCUAAUCAAGUCAGUUGUAUUGCCUGCUUGCAAGGAGGAUAAUCAGGGACCCAUCAUAUCUAUGAUGAUGGUUUACAUUUUCAAUGCAAGGCACAUUUGGCGAUUGAUGUCCGACUGA